UCAUAUUAGGCUGCUGAUAUGCCGUCAUCGUAGCAGCCGCUGCCAUUUGUUGCUGUUGCUGUUGCUGCUGCUGCUGUUGCAUCAUCAUCAUCAUUUGUUGCUGCUGUUGUUGCUGUUGUUGUUGUUGCAUUUGUUGCUGCUGUUGCAUCAUGGCCAUGUUUGGAUCCAUCAUGCCUGGUUGCUGAAACAUAGCAGCUGCUCCGCCCGGUGUCAUCAUGGCUGCAUACCGACUGUAUUGGUAAGGAUCAUAUCCUUGCGCACGACCGGCUGCUUCACGUACUUUGCGUCGUAACGUAUCAAAAAUUCCUCCACCCGAAGACUGGUAUGCUUGCUGUGCGUGUUGUUCCAUGUUUGCAGCAGCAGCAGCUGCUGCUCCCGCACCUGCAGCGGAAGGAGGUGGUUGGGGAGCGGCGGCAGCUUGUUGUGUCUGCGCUUGUUGAUACUGCUGCUGUUGUUGCUGUGGAGGAGUUGUCGGGACUUGUUGAUUUUGCGACAUGUCUGGUUGUGGUGGCGGUUGCUGUUGUUGUUGUGGUUGCUGUGCGGCCAUCAUGUUGUUAUGGUAGUCAAAAGAAGAAGAAGAAGAAGCGUAAGGCUGUUGUUGUUGUUGUUGUUGUUGUUGCUGCUGCUGUUGUUGGUGAUAGUAAUAAUCGUAUUGAUCUCCGGAGAAAGAAUGACGCUGACCAGGGCGUCCAAACAUCCAACUAUUAAAUAGGCGGGCAGGAAGGCAAAAGAUAGACGAAGAGGAAGAAAGAGAGAGAGAAGAAAGGAAGAACGUGAGAGAAAAGGAAAGAUGCACACACCAUAACAACAACAACAACAGCCUUCCACUCGUGAAGGUAAACAAAGCCCGAUUUAGAUAAUGGAGCCUGCUGUUCG